UGGUAAUGCAAGCACUUCAAUUUUUCUUUGGGUUAAUAGAAGUACUAAAAGAAGAUAAAACAAUUAUAAGGUUGGAAAAUUACUGAAAUGACUGAAGGACCAGAUACAAGGGUAGGCAACUAUGCUGUUUGGGAGACGAACAUUUAGGUACCAUGCAGUAUUUUCCAUUUGGAUUCCUAGUUUCACUGAGGGAGGCAGUUAAUCUGCUCUAGCGAAAAAGUGCUUAAAAUAUGUAUUGCCGGAAGUCCUCCUAUGCUUUGUGUAAAAUGAAGUUAUGGUAAUAUGAUAUACUAUCUAAUGACCUUCUAUUAUGUUUGUGGUGUGGCUACAGGCAACGGCUGUUAGUAAUUGGUGGUGGUGGCGCUGUCGGUUUUGCUGCCAUCCAGCUCGGUGUUGCUGCUGGGUGCUAAGUUACAACCACCUGUGGAAGUAACAGUUUAGCUCGAAUGCUGGAAUCUGGUGCAGAACAGGCUGUUGACUACACUGCUGAGGAUAUUGAGGUAGCUAUAAAAGGAAAGUUUGACGCCGUUUUUGACACUAUCGGAUUGCCGGAAACAGAAAGGACAGGAAUCCAUUUUCUGAAGAGAGGUGGCCACUACAUGACUCUUCAGGGCGAAGCAGCAGCUUUGACAGAUAGAUACGGGUUAGUUGUAGGUCUUCCCCUCGCCACUUCAAUAUUAUUGAAGAAACAGAUACAGUAUCGUUAUUCUCAUGGAAUAGAGUAUUGGUGGACGUACAUGAGAGCUGAUUCGGACGGGUUAGCUGAAAUACGCGGACUCUCCGAGAUCGGGAAGCUGAAAAUGCCAGUGGAGAAGACAUUCCCGAUCGCGCAAGUGAGGGAUGCGCAUGAAGCAAAAGACAGCAGACGGGUCCCUGGUAAAGUAGUACUUGAGCUCGACUGACAGAUAGGCAAAGCCUUUCGAACUAAAUUAGCUGGCAGGUUACGAAAUUGUCAAAUGGGGAGGUAGAAAGUGAGUAACUUUCUUCUUUUCUAGUCACCUUUAGCUUAGCAAUGAUGCAUGCAAGUAAUAAACUUACGAACAUAGUUUCAUCUUUUGUCUAUGUAGGUAAUAAAACAGUUGGUUACAGUAUGUACUGCUUUUCUACUGCUCUACUUGUUUGUGAUUAUCAUUUACGUGCGACCAUGGACGGUCUAUCUACAUGCUCUCUUUCUCUUUGGACUUCACUCUCCCCAUGAAGACAAGUUUUGCGUCGGAGGGCGAAUCUUCGAGAAGAUGGAGCUCAUUAUUGUCUUUCUUCUAAAUCAUGACCGGUUGACCGCCGCCGGCAACAGAGGAUGGAAUGAUUAAUUGCGGUCCAAAGAAAAGAGGCAUAUCGAGAUGAAUAAUAGGCGGCCAGCGGAAGAGCAUCCACCAAUUCAAACUUCAACGGCUAGGGUUAGCUUAGCGGUCGUCGGAGUCGAGACUGGAAGAUGUGACCGGUGUGAUUAGAGGUUGUUGUACAGUCAGAUUUUUUAUUUUAUUUUAAUUUUAUUUUGGCUCCAUUCCACAUCCAAUUUGCGGGACGGAAAAGGAAAAAAAAAUUAUCCUUAGUCCAAUUGGGGGUGAUAAUUUAUAUGAUAUAAAAAUUAUAUGUGAUAAUUUCAAUAUUGCUCGUUCAACCUAACUCAUUAUUAUGAUUCAUCUUUUAGUAGGUAUUCGUUUUUGCUCCACUUUGUCAUUCAAUUUUUGAUUGGACUAUGUCGAUUCUCUUUAAAAUAUAACCAUCUGUUAUUUGGUUUUAUUAAAUCACACAUCAAGCUUGAAAAAUUAUCUUAACCGAUAAUCUAAUACGUCGAAUGAAGUCAUUAGUCAUAU